GGUAGAGAAGACUCAUUGACCAUUUCAAACAGCAAUUAGUCCUUCACUUUGGCAUUUAAAGGCCAGAAUUUCAGGUUAGUGAUACAAGCAAUCUACAGAAAUGGCUUCACUAAAAUUGCUAUUCGUGUGGUGUUCCAUCGUUAUCUACCUUUGUUCUCUCACCUUUGCCCAGGGUGAUCGCCUCAAUACCAUCUGUUUAUAUGACAAGGGAAACUUCACUGCAAAUAGUAGCUACAAGGCAAACCUGAAGCACCUCCUCUCUUCUCUCACUUCCAACAAUAAAAUCGACUAUGGUUUCUACAACGCCUCAUACGGCAAAGGCACUGCCAAAGUUAACGCAAUGGCACUUUGUAGAGGAGAUGUUCAGCCGGACAAUUGCCGUAGUUGCAUCAAGAAUUCAUCUUCCGAACUUACAGAAAGCUGCCCCAACCAGAAAGAAGCUGUUAUCUGGUACGAUGAUUGCAUGUUAAGGUACUCAAACCGUUCCUUCUUUGGUAAUAUGGAAUUCGGGCCUUACUUUUCGAUGUAUAAUUUAAACAAUGUUACGGAAGUAAAUCAAUUUCAUGAGGUGUUGAGAAACUUACUGAAUAACUUGACAAAAGAAGCAGCCUCUGGUGAUUCUCUUCGGAAGUUUGCAACGGGAAAUUCAACUACGGCGAGCUCUCAGCACAUAUAUGCACUUACGCAGUGUACUCCUGACCUGUCUGAGAAGCAAUGUGUUGAUUGCCUAAAUAAUGCGACUUCCUUGCUUCCACAGUGCUGUGAUCGAAGUAUAGGAGGGCGGGUUAUUUCACCUAGUUGUAAUUUCAGGUACGAGCAAAAUAUUUUCUAUGACUCUACUGUUCAUGCUGUUACACCCUCGCCCUCUCCAUCACCAUCACCAUCUUCACCAACACCAUCAUCGUCGGAAGCACCAUCGCCACAAUCACUAUCACCAUCGCCACAAUCACUAUCACCAACACCACCACCACCAUCGGAAGACGACUCAAAAUCUCCAUCUCCAUCUCCACCUCCGGGGCCGACUAAUCCUGCCGCACCGGAAGAAGACACAAAAUCUCCACAACCGCCUCCGGCGCCAACUAAUUCUGCACCAUCGACAGGAAAGCAGAUUGCAGUUCCCUUGUUGCUUUUGCAAUAUUUGUUAUCUACUUCAGGAAUUUUUUUUUAGUUAAAAAAAAAAAAGCUGUUUCAAUUUCUUUUACAGCAUGUAAAACGUGGUAUUUGUAUUGUUACAGUGGGAAAAAUAUCUACCUAAAUAAAGUUGACUUAGCAAUUGAUAAAAUAA